AAAGGAAAACAGCACAAAAAGAAGUGAACAAAGACCACAGCAACCACAAUACUUUAUUUGCCUUCUGGGGCCGAGCGAGCGACCGAGCGAGAGAGAGAGAGAUUCAGGGGCGGCGGAGGCGGCGGCGGCGGCGGAGAGAUGUCUGACCUAGACCGCCAAAUAGAGCAGUUGAAAAAUUGCGAGCCGCUCAAGGAGUCUGAAGUUAAAGCUCUUUGCCUCAAGGCCAUGGAAAUCCUCGUCGAGGAGAGCAACGUUCAGAGGGUCGAUGCCCCCGUUACUAUAUGUGGAGACAUCCAUGGGCAGUUUUAUGACAUGAAAGAGCUUUUUAAAGUAGGAGGCGAUUGCCCAAAGACUAACUACUUAUUUCUUGGCGAUUUUGUUGACAGAGGAUUUUACUCCGUUGAGACAUUUCUACUACUUCUUGCUCUAAAGGUGAGAUAUCCAGAUCGGAUAACUCUUAUCAGAGGGAACCAUGAAAGCCGUCAAAUCACACAGGUUUAUGGGUUUUAUGAUGAGUGUCUUCGAAAAUAUGGCUCUGUGAAUGUUUGGAGAUACUGUACCGACAUUUUUGAUUAUUUAAGUCUCUCGGCUCUUAUUGAAAACAAGAUAUUUAGCGUCCAUGGUGGUCUCUCUCCUGCCAUAACAACGUUGGAUCAGAUCAGAACAAUUGAUCGGAAGCAAGAAGUACCUCAUGAUGGUGCCAUGUGUGACCUACUAUGGUCCGAUCCUGAAGACAUUGUAGAUGGUUGGGGUUUGAGUCCUCGAGGUGCGGGUUUCCUAUUUGGUGGUAGUGUAGUCACUUCUUUUAACCACACAAACAACAUCGAUUAUAUUUGUCGGGCUCAUCAAUUGGUAAUGGAAGGAUAUAAAUGGAUGUUCAAUAAUCAGAUCGUUACAGUCUGGUCAGCUCCUAAUUAUUGUUACAGAUGUGGUAAUGUAGCUGCUAUACUUCAACUGGAUGAGAACCUCAAUAAACAGUUUCGAGUUUUUGAUGCCGCUCCACAGGAAUCGAGAGGAACUCCUGCAAAGAAACCCGCCCCAGAUUACUUCCUUUGAAAUUCAAGUGAAGAUAACGCCCAUCAUAUCAUGUAUGUUCCAACCGAUAAAUGAUAGACAAGUUGUGCAGUUGCACGGUGGAGACGAUCUCCCAACACCAUGGGAAAUCAAUGCCAACGGAUACGGAUUCCUUAACUAGCAAAAGCUGUGAUGAGUUAGGAUGGAUUGGGUUUACUUUCCUGGUUUGGCAGCUAUCUGUUGUUGAUGUUUUACAUGUAAUGAGUGCAUUAGAAAUUGUCAUGUAAAAUGCAGAUUCCUUAUUCUUGUUCACCCAAGAUCCAGACAGAAUGAUGAUGAUGGAGCUCUUCCAAAAGGAGGUGCUCUCAGUAUUCCAUGGGGUAAGGAUAGGUUUGUCAUUGGCCUUGAUAGGGGGAGAUGUCUGAAUUAUAAUGGAUGAAAUUAUGAAAGAAGAGAGAAAAUAUGGUUCUGUUGCCACUUUGGACAAAGUUAGUAAGACUCCAAAUUCUUCUACAAGAACUACUCCCUUUUUGAGGUUUUUGCCUUCCCA